UGAGUUGAAGUUCGGGCAAUGGGUGGUGGAACACAAUUUUAGUGUGGAGUGUCAGCAUGGAAGGAAAGAAUUAAUGAGCAAUCAAACUAGCCUAUCCAUCAGCCCGUCUACCCCAAGCCCACAAUUUUACCUUAAUAUGGGUUUGUUUUUAAAACUGUGAUGUAGUAGCCUAAUUGCUCAAGUGUGGAUAAAUAGGGGAAAUAUACUGCUGGUGAACCAACACAUUCGAACAUAACCAUGGACCAGUCCACACAAGGAUUAUAAUCUUUCAGUACAAAUCCGCAAUCUCCUACCCAACAGAAACAAUCUUUUCUGAUUUCAAUCCUACCACUUCUGUCGGCCGGAUUUUGACAUCAGCCAAGAUGCUACAGCAGAUCUUGACUGAUAUGUUAAUCGACCCCGAGCUCUUGGCCGAGCUGAAUGAGGAUCAGAAGCAAAUCCUGUUCUUUAAGAUGAGGGAAGAACAGGUUCGGCGGUGGAAAGAGAGAGAGGCACGACUGGAUAAGGAAGAGGCUGGGAUUAAGAGGCCCAAGAAAGUUGCUAGAAAGACUGUCUCCUGGAUGAAGGCAUCAGACGGUGACCUUUGGGUCUGGGUGAUGGGAGAGCACCCUGACGACAAGUCUUUCGACCAGAUCUGUGAUGACAUCAUUGCCGAAAGAGCAGCUCUGCAAGCACAGAGGGAAGCAGAGGAGCUCAGGGCAAAGAAGGAAGCCGAGCUGCAGAAGAGGUUCUCUGCUGUCCACCUGGACCCAAACCUGCUGCUGGCCAAGGCCGAGGAGCAGCGGCAGGAGGAGGCCCGGCAGGCUGCAGCUCAGGAGCAGCUGAGACUCAAGGAGGAGCUAAAGAAAAAGGAGGAGGAGGAGAGACGCAAGGCCGAGGAGGAGGUGCGCAGGCUGAAGGAGGAGCGCGCUCAGGAGAUCUACAUGGACCUGAAGGACGUGCAGAGGCGGGAUCAGGAUAAAGAGGACAAGGCCUGGCAGGACUCAUUGCGAAAAUCGAAAGUGGCAGACCAGCGUCGUCGGUCGAUCGCCAAGCAGACUCGGGAGGACCACCGCAGGCGUUCGCUCAAGGCCCUGGAGCAGGGCCGCGUGGCUGCCGUGACCAAGACCUUCGGGGGCGAGAAACCACCCCUGCCCCCCAAACCCAAACCCAGGAACCUCACCGUAACCAGCGACGUCAUCAGUCAGAAGCCAGGUGUGCGCCGGUCUGUGUCCUCGUCCAGCCGCGAGCGCAUCAUCCAGUGGUUCAGGGAGGAGCAGCUGCCCCUCCGGGCCGGUUUCCAGAGAGACCAGAGCCGCAUAGCAACCUGGUUUCAUGGCAUAAUCUCACGACAGGAAGCUGAGGACCUGCUGAGUGAGAAAGAGCCCGGCUACUUUCUGAUCCGGGUCAGCGAAAGGAUCUUGGGAUAUGUCCUCUCUUACCGCAGUGAGGAUGGAUACAGGCACUUCCUUAUCGAUGCCACAGAAAACUGCUACAUGCUCCUGGGAGACCAGCUCAAGUUCUCAUCACUGAUAGAACUGGUCGAGUACCAUGAGGUGGAGGCCCUCACCUCGUCUGGAGGAGAACAGCUCCUGCAUGCGUGUGGUCAGAAGGCCGGCGGGGUGGACUACACUGACCUCUUCACUUGAAGCGGAGAUCGGGCCUCCAGCAAGAAGCCAGCCAUGGACAGCGGGAAAACUGGAGGAAGAGCAGGGAUCAAACACUGAAGGGAUCUGAAGACCAAAGACCAAAAAGUGUCAAAAGCUGAUGGGGAAAGCUGAGAUCUGAGACCAGUUAGUCCUUAUAUAUCCUUAUAUCCAUAUAUAUUGGAAUGGUCUUGUUUUGGAUUUGGGGUGGGCAAGUGGUUCUGAGUCAACAGAGAAAAGAAACUUGUGCCAAGAGCAAAACAAUAAGGCUGUGAAACAGCUGUUUGUGUUGUAGCUGUUGUGUUGUAAUUGUUGCAAUGGGUACAACAGAAAUGAAGCCUUAUUUUGUUUAGUGCUUUAAUCCCUUUUUGCGAUGCCAUUCAGGUAUGUCAAGUAAUAUAUCAAAAUCUGUGAAUUUUGUAACACUGUACCAUCAAACUCUGUUUUCUGGGGACACCAUCCUAGACAUCAUAUGGUGGCAGUUUGAAGGAAAUAUUUACAUGGCCAUGUUGUAGUGUUAAGUGCCUUACUUAAAAAUGUAAUGCAACAUUCUGCUGAACAAGAAGUGACUGACAAUUACCUAAUAAUAAAAUAGUCUGUAUCACUUUGUGAUUAUUGCCUGUGCUAUUUGUAAAUAUUAAAGCUGUUUGGGUGUAAUA